AUGUCAGACGACGAUGACAAAUCCGCUCCUGUGAUACCAGAGGAGCUAUCAAAAGAAACUCGUAAAUUCCGUAAAAAGAAGCAGUUAUCAGACGAUGAAAUCGAUAAAGGUCCAAGGCGUACGAGGGAAAAGGUCAUCCCAAAGAAUACAUCCGACGACGAAAUAGAUGGUAUGGACACGGACGAUCUUUUGGAUCAAGCGGAUAAACUGCCAUCAAAAAUUGUAUCAUCAUCGCUUCGCCGACGCCGACGUCUGCAACGUGCAAAACCAGCAAACCGUCCAUCUGUCACCAAGAAAAAGCCGGAAAUAAAGAAGAAAGUCGUGGUGACGGAUCCUCAGCGAGCACGACUUUUAGCCGAUCAGUAUCCGGACAGUUACUGGCAAUUUCACGCCGAUACAGAGUAUGACAUGAUUGGCGCUAUCAAUGAAGAUAAUCCCCUGGAAGUGGUCAAUUGUCACAUCAGCGAUCAAGCACCUAUCAUCGGCAUGACACUAUCGAAAGACGGAAUGUUACUGGCUACUUUUUCUAAUGUGGGGAAUGUCAAGAUCUGGGAUGUGGGAGACCAAUUUGCUUUGGUCCGCAAACUACGGGAUGCAGAGGAAGCCAAUAUUGACGAAUUCUAUUGUGGCCAGUUUGCUUCGGCCGAUGGUUCCGUGAUUGCGACUGGUGGAAAGCUGAAAGAUCGUCACCGAUGGUCAGCCGAGGAUGACGAUAGUCAUAUCCUUCCUUGCCCUAUCAAGAUUUUCGACCUCGAAAAGUGUACCGUGAUAGGCAAACUGCAUGGGCAUGCAGAAGAAAUCCUGUGUAUCAAAUCUCUGACAUUCAUGAACGAAAACUAUUACAUCUCCACGAGUCAAGAUGGCUACAUCAUCAAAUGGCAGAUGGAAGAUGACUGGACCACGUUGAAGACCUCGACCCGGAUGGAAGAUGGAAUUACUUGUAUGGCCUUUACCGUUUCUUUCCUCCCGAAUACAGGUAACAAAUAUUUCCUCGCCGCGUGCGAUGGACAUUUACGGCUAUACGAUUUUGAGGAAGCCCAGUUGAUGCAGACGUUUGAGGACAUGUAUUCAUCAUACUGUGAUUGCGGCAAGUUUAUUCAGUGGCUAGACGACGAGGAAGAAGAAGUCGAUAUUGAAACAAUGCAGGUGGACGAACCCGGCAGAGCCUGGUUCAUCAGUCGUGGCGCAGAGAUGUGUGACGUAGAGGAAGGUGUCUCCUCCAUUCCAAAUGCAUGUAAAUUACACAAAUUGAUUUAUCCGACGGAACAAGGCCAAUUGUUCCAAUUACAAGAAGUGAAGAAAUACAUGGACAAGGAUUAUCAUGCCAAUUCAUGGCUUGUCAAGAUCACAUCCAAUGGACGUUAUAUCCUCGCUCCUACGAUAUACGGUCAAAUAUUCGUCUUCAAUAUGCAAACAGGAAAGGUCUCGGCGGUAAUGAAAGAACACGAUGAUGUCGAAGUUCGUGAUGUCAUUCUGCAUCCGUACCGUCCAUUACUCUUUUCCUCUGGUGAUGAUGGAUGCGUUAAAGUGUAUACAUACAAAUAUACUUCAGAAGAGAAUGCCGUGGAAAGUUUGGAUGUGGCAAUGGCAUGA